GAAGACAGAGAGAGAGACAGACAGGGGAAAGAGAAGAGUGCUGGUUCCUGCCAUUACCAGUAACUCCAUCUCCAUCUCUUCCCCUUCCUCCUCCUUUCCCUUCCCCUUCCCCCUCUAACCUCAUCUCUCUAUCCACCGCCCACCCACCCUCUCUUCCUCCUCCUCUCCCCUGUUGUUCCUCCAACAACGCCAUUAAAUCGCACAUACCGACCCACUAAUUUCCCCUCGAGGCCAACCCCAUAUGAUUGAAAUUUUAGUCAUCGUUCAGUGAUUUGUUCUUCUUGAUUCUUUCAUCCAGAUUUGCCUGCCCUUUUUUCCGGACGAAUCGGAUAGGAUAAGCCGAGGAAGAGCCCGCCCCCCCCCCCCCCCCCCCCCCCCCCCCCGGAGAGAGAGAGUAUGAAGAGAGGGAGAGCUGCAGGAGCCGCCGCCUGGGAGGCGGAGGGCCCAGGUUCUUCGAUCAGGUACCGGGGCGUGAGGAGGCGGCCAUGGGGGAAGUUCACGGCGGAGAUCAGAGACCCUGUGAAGAAGGCCCGGGUGUGGCUCGGCACGUUUGACUCUGCCGAGGAGGCCGCCCGCGCCUACGACGCCGCGGCCAUCAGGUUCCGCGGGCCCAAGGCGAAGACCAACUUCCCCGUCUCUACCUCGGACUUCUCGCCGUUCCAGCAGCCCGACCCGGACUUGAACCCGGGCACGAACGACCACCUGAUCGCCUGCCCGCAGCGCCCGACCAGCAGCGGCAUGAGCAGCACCGUGGAGUCGUUCAGCGGCCCGAGGCCGGCCCCGCGUGUGGACCAAGCGCCGGCAAGGCGCCAUCCACGCACGCCGCCGGUAUCCCCGGAAGACUGCCGCAGCGACUGCGACUCGUCGGCGUCGGUGGUGUUCGACGAUUGCGCGGACGGGGUGGUCUCCUCCUCGUCGUCGUCCUGCAAGAGGCCGCGGCCUCCCCUGCCCUUCGAUCUUAAUUUUCCGCCGUUGGAUGACUUGGACGGCGAGGAUCUGCGGUGCACCGCUUUGUGCCUUUGAUAGGCAGCCAUAGAUUAAUUGAUUUUUUUCUUUUUUCCUUUUCCUUUUCUUGUUUUUAUUUUUUAUUUUUCCUUUGCUCGGUGGGAAUGAAUCUCCAUUGAUGUCUUGUUGAGGAGACAUGGCAGUCUGGCCAAAAUGACGGCAUGGGUUGAUUGAGAUUAAGAUGAAAUCUUGAAUCUCUCUGUAAUGGGCGCUUGACUGAAUCAUCAUCUCAAGCUAAUACUGAAUUUAAUCUUCAGAUCCCUGAUGUUCAUCUCCA